UACCACAAGAUUCCACAGGACAAUGCGCGAAAACGAAAGUGGUUCGAAGCACUCGGCUAUGAGAUACAGCAGUCGUGUCGUGUGUGCUCAUUCCAUUUUUCUGCCGAUGACUACGAAGAUGCCGCAGUUGGCGAAGUGCGAAAACGUCUGAAGCAAACUGCCGUUCCGUCACCUGUUAUUCUGCUUCGCUUUGGUGACGGGCUCAGCACAACGUCUCAGGUAUGUACAGGUGUCACACAUGUAUAAAUUAUAAUAUAGCGAUGACGUAUACCAUUUAACUUGUGUUAUCCUACCCACUGGGCAUUGUGAACAUGACCAAAUUUAAUUUCAGGGACAUUCCGGUGUUGAAGUGGCGCCGGACUGCUUUGUAGUCGACUGCAAUGAUUUCAUGGACUUGUGCAUGGAAGUCACCGUAUCGGAUGACACUACUGAUGCUGCUAGCACAUUGUCCACGUCGACGGACACUGUUUGUGAAGAAACAACUGUAGUCGAGUUCGACCAUGCAUACUGCAGCACUGUCUCUCCAAUCACUAUGAAGUCUGCAUGCACUCAAGUUAACAUGACAGAAAUAGCUGGAAGCUGGUAUGCUAAAAAUGAUGAUCCGGAUUUGCCAGGAGUGACAGCAUUCCUACCUGUGGCUUCGUCUCCCCCUCUUGCUUCUACCAGUUACAGCUGUGUGAUUGCUCAAGAGACACCAGAAAGGACAUCACGUGGGCCAAUAAUUACAUCGACCCCCACUUCGCAGAUUCUGCCAAGUCCACAGGUGCAGAACAUCAGUAUGACAUCAACAGUGGGAGAAGAAACUGAUGAGAGCUACUACCCAUCUGAGGAUAGCUUCUUUGAAGGAGACACCACUACACCUGAAUGUCCAGUGGAACAGCGAAAAUUCAUUGUCUUUGAAGCCCCACUACUGGAAUUGUUCAAAGCAUGUCGCAGUUGCAGUGGGUCAUGCAAGGUUACCACAUCAGUUCGGGGCACACUUCUCACUGUUGUGUCCGAAUGUGCAAGCGGCCACAAAUUCUCUUGGAACAGUCAGCCAGAACUGAACAGGAUGGCUGCAGGAAACGUUCUGCUCUCCGGUGCAAUACUGUUCAACGGAGCCAGUCCCACCAAGGUUCUUCGACUGCUGAGCUCCAUCAACAUACAAAUGAUUUCAAAGGUUGCAUACGACACAUAUCAGAAAGGUUGCCUACUGCCUGCUGUAUCACAGGUUUGGAAUGCAGAACACAACCACCUGCUCCUUUCACUUCAAGACAAGCCUGUUGACCUCCUUGGAGAUGGCAGAUGUGAUUCUCCUGGUCACUGUGCCAAGUACAUGACAUACACUUUUAUGGAAGCCCAUUCAAAGAAAAUCGUCAGCUCCGUUCAAGUACAGGUUGGUGAGUCUCCAGAUGUUGCUUCCAGCACAAACAUGGAAAAGGUGGGAUUUGUGAGAUGCCUGGACGAACUGAAAUCAAACCACAUCAUCGUGGCAUCCAUUACGACUGAUCGACAUCCUGCAGUGAGAAAGCACAUGCGUGAAAUGGAACCCAGCAUAGUGCAUGGAUUUGAUACCUGGCAUGUGGUGAAAGUGCUCUGCCGUUGA